UUUUGUGUCAGAUAUUUUGACUACGUCCUUUGGUGUUUGGUGUGAACGUUAGGCUAGAUUGCGCGGACAGGAAUGAGCUGACUUAUUGUAAGGGGGAGGGCUGGCAGCUCGACCGAAUGAAAUAUUCUUAGAAUCUUCACCAGGUUGCCAUUGUCCUGUAAACAACGUGGCUAGCUAGCACAGUUAGCAUCAGCUGUUAAAUCAGCUGGAAGACUGGACCUUGUUCACUGUGCCCGUGUUUGCCUCGGUAGCACAGUCGGGUUUAACAUUGGCACAACCGGAUAUCUGUCUUUUUGUUAUUGCUGCGUCUUAAGAAGAGGCUGGUCAGUGGCCCGGUACAUGGAGGAAUUCCAAAGCAAGCUGCAACAUACUGAAAAAUGUAGCUAGGACAAGAGAGAAGUGUGAGAGCACAGUGUGAGAGAUCCAGACUUGAGUCUGCUGGGCUGGACAUACUGAGUGGGUGUGUAAGGGUGGAUGAUUGUAUGGGUGCGUUUGACUGCAUGCACAUUUAGGAGCCUGGCCCGAUGGAAAAGAGAGACAGGAAGCUGGGAUAUUUUGCAAGGCUGAAGAGGCGGAGGCAGCUCAAGCAGAGCCAGUCGGAGAAGAAUGUGAAUGAGCAGAACCCGGCGAUCAUCUCCUGCCCAGACAUCCCCAAUGACAGCGACGCCAACAAAAAGACGGACCUACAGAGAAUCACAGCCAAGCCACCUGCAGGUUCAGAUGAUGGCUGUGAAAGUAAAACUCAAUCAAAGAGGGAGAAGAGGAAGCCGCCGGGCACAAUGGAGUUCAUUGUGGGACCUAAUGAUUCCCUCAACAGCAUUGCGCUCAAGUUCAACAUAACCCCAAACAAGCUGGUCCAGCUGAACAAGCUCUUCUCUCGUAGUGUCUACCCUGGACAGAAGCUGUUUGUCCCUGACGUGAGCCAGUCUGAAACUGACCACAAGUGUCCGAGUUCCUCCGACCCCUCCCUCACAAAUGGCUUAUCAGAGAACACAUUGCACAACGGCAUUUCAGGCAGCGUGUCGGCAAACUCCCUCAGGCGUGAGCUCUCUCCAAACUCUGAAGAUGAAAGCCCAGCAACGGUUAAAUUCAUCAAGAUGAGCUGCAAAUACUUCACUGACGGCAUGGGGGUGGUGGGAGGCGUCCUGAUUGUGACACCCAACAACAUCAUGUUUGACCCCCACAAGUCGGACCCCCUGGUGAUCGAGCAUGGCUGUGAGGAGUAUGGCCUGAUCUGCCCCAUGGGGGAGGUCGUCUCUGUGGCCCUGUAUGACGACGUGUCGCGCAUGAAGCUCAAAGAUGCUCUGCCCUCAGACCUACCCCAGGAUUUGUGUCCUGUAUACAGGCCCGGCGAGUGGGAACAACUGCCGUCAGAGCGGGAUUUAAACCCCUUCAGCCGCUUUGAAGCGCUUGAUCCGAAGCGACCAAUCAUCUUGGAUGACAUCGAAUCAACCCUCUCAGAAACUGGGAGCACAGAAGGUGAGCAGACAGAGAAGUCUCCAGAUGAAGGAUUCACAGAGUUGGAGCCUACUGUCAGUGGGAGCACCGAAGAAGCGGAGGGGACGUCUUUCCAAAUACCCAGCAUUGUCAGCAGGGACCAAGAGAAACAAAGAUCAAGCUUCCCAGGCCGGGGAGACUUCCAGGAUAAGUCAAUGCUCGGUCAAACUAAAGGAAAGCUGGACGAUGAAGAAGAUGAGGGUGUAGCUCAGAACGGCUCCAUCGAGGAUGGAGAGUCAAUGCAAUCCUCUUCAGAGACUGAAAAACAGGGAGCUAAACUUACAAGCCAAGAGGUAAUUGAAACCAAAGAUAUAAAACCUAAAGGGACUGAAGAGCUGCUUGAUGUUAGACAUGACGAAACCAUCGGCGCACCAGUGGACCAAAACAGGAGGCUGAGUCUGAAGGAGGCUUUGGAGGUUCGUGGAAACUCUGGUCUGAAAAUACAAAGCCCAGACAUUCCAGCAGGUGGAGCUAAACUCAGCGAGGAGGAGAAAGAGAAGAAACGCUAUGAGGCAGAAGUGCAGUCAUGGCUGCUGGAGAGGAUGCAGGCUCCAAUAGAAGACAUGCUUUUCUCAUCAGAGGAGAAGAGCAAGAACCCACCCAUGUUCCUGUGCUUCAAAGUUGGAAAGCCAAUGAGGAAGUCCUUUGCCUCUGGGAUGACCACUAGCCCCGUCCAUUUAUUUGGGGGUCGGGGCAAGCAGCCAGAGUACUGGUUUGCUGUGCCUCAAGAAAGGGUGGACCAUUUGUACUCGUUUUUUGUGCAUUGGUCUCCGGAUGUGUAUGGGAAGGAGGCUCGAGAGCAGGGCUUUGUUGUGGUGGAUAAAGAUGAGUUGGACAUGAUAGACAACUUCUUUAGUGACCCUGCAUCUUGCAGCUGGGAGAUCAUCACCAUAGAUGAGGCAAAGCGUAGGCAGAGUUUCGGCAGCUGUGAUGGAGACUUGUCUGUGGAUGUGCUGCCCAUCCUCAAUGACACCAGCGACCUGCUGCAGGACACGCACAUUGAGAAGCUCGCCUGCCGCCUGCCAGCCCGUGUGCAGGGUUACCCCUGGAGACUGGCGUACAGCACUAUGAAACAUGGGACCAGCCUUAAGACUUUGUACAGGAGCCUGGCAGAUGUGGACAGUCCUGUGCUGCUGGUCAUCAAAGACAUGGAUAACCAGAUAUUUGGAGCGUUCUCGACUCAUCCCUUCAGAGUGAGUGAACACUGCUACGGCACAGGAGAGACGUUCCUCUACAGCUUCUGUCCUGAGAUCAAGGUGUACCGCUGGACGGGGGAAAACUCUUACUUUGUGAAGGGCAAUACUGACUCCCUGCAGAUGGGAGGAGGGGGUGGUCAGCUGGGCCUGUGGCUGGAUGCUGAGCUGUACCGAGGAACCACCACCAAAUGUGCCACCUUCGACAACCAGCCUCUCUCCGCCCAGCAGGACUUCAACAUUCACAGUCUGGAGGUGUGGACCUUCGAGUAGCCUCAUCAGCUCCAGCUGCUUCUGCAUCCAAACUGUAAACACACUCUCCCACCCCAAAAUCUAGUACGCACCACUCAGAGGCAAGCCUAGCUAUUCCACAUUGGCAUUAAAUGUUCUGUGAGCGGAGACAGAAAGCAGCCUGUGCAGCUGUUACUGAAAACAGAACAGAAAGGUGGGUUUGACCUGUGGGUUGCUUGGGCCAGUUUUAUAUCUGGUUUGAGAAAAUAUUGUUGCUCUGAGCUCAUUGGCUGCCUUAGACAUCCGACAACACCUCCAGCUUUCCCAGCCUUACCACCGUAAGCUCAUGAGGAGAGAAGAGAAAGGCUGCUGCUGAUGUUACUGUUGAGGUUAAUUCCAAAAGGAGCUGAUUUUACUAUGAAAGAAGUGUCCCAUUUUUUCUGAAGGUUUAUUUAUGCAGACAUAAUGGUUGAAGUAAUUUGUAUGCUUUGGAAUGUACAGAAUUAUGAACUGGAGAGGUUUAGAGGGAUCUUUUUUGUUUUUGUUUGUUUCUUUUGUUUUUUGUUUUUUCAAUUUUUUUUACGACGCAGUGAAUUUCAGAUACAAAGGAUGUGGAAAUUGCCAGGAAGAUUUUUGGAUCAUCCACCAUUAAAUUUGCAGGAAAUAUCACUUAAUUGUUUACAAAGGAAGAGUUGCACUUCCCCCGAAGGCCUGCUUGUUCUCUUAUUUUGAGUUUUAGAUGAGCUGAGCGAGAAUGUCCCAUAGCAUUUCAUCAUAACUUCGUCAUGUUUUCAUUCCCUGUGCAGACCAAAACCAGUGGGAAAACCAAGAAAUGUUUGCAAUGACCAAAUAUGUUCAAUUAUGAUUUCAUAUUUGUUGUGAGUUCUUCAAAUUUUAUAGAAUAUUUUGGAAUUUUAUUUUUUCAUUUUAUUUUUACGUUCUCUUUUUUUUUUAUCAAUAAUGCUAAGUUGUCUUUUUUAAAUGGUUGUACUUUCAUAAAAAUGUUGUGUUUCUGAUUGGACCCAACAACCACUAGAAAUGACUGUCGUCAGUAUUGAAUUCAUUUUGCACUCAGACUAAUUUUAAAUCUUUGAUUUUCAUUUGUGGUCAUUGUUGCCUAGAGUCACAGCCAGUAUGAGUUCAUCAUGAUGCCACUUUGCACUACAGGAUUAAACAACAGUCGACGCUGUGUUGUGGCCCAGUAUAAGUUAGCACUUCAGUGUAAAAUUGUUGCUGAAUGUUAUUUGAUCGUCACUACAGGAGGGGAGCUUCCUGUCUGACCACGGGGCAGCUUCCGCUUUGGUUAAAAUGGGGUGGAAAAAGGGAUUUACUGUGUUUUUUGCACUCUGAUAUGCCACUAACUAAAAAUUCAGAUCUACUAACAUGGAAAAGAGAUCGUUCAUUGAUAAUCUGUGUGUCUGACUCAGGCCUGUGCAUGAAUUUGCAAUACCACAAAUGUCUGACACCACUGUUAUGAUACCUGCCAUACUAUCCACUAAUGCCAUUUAUCGCUUCAUGUGAAAAUGAGCUUUGUUGUCUGUAGCUGUUCAGUGUUGUAACUGUGAAUGCUCCCUUAAUAAUUAUUUCUUGUGAAUCCAAAACUGCUGUGGUCUGUAAUAUCACUAAGGAUCUAUUUAUUGUGUUGUUAUUGCAACGAAAUUUAAACCUAAAUAAAUGUUAAAUAUAUAUAGGCUACAUACUAUUUGAUCAAGUUUAUGUCCGACCUUUAUGUGUUAAUUUACAUGCUUUUGCCCUGAUGUGGGGUUGAGCCUUCCCAGCACCUUAUUUGUGCUUUCCAGUCAGUCGUCAUCCCGUCAAAGAUCUUUGAGAGAGAAGAUGAAGCACUCAGUGUUCAGGCACCGUAAAUUUAUCACAAAUCAUUCAAGCUGUUACCAAGAAAGGUACACCCCAGCAAUUAGUAUGCUGUCUGCCUGAUCUGACAGUGAAGGUCGUGGCGUGAUUUCCAUCCAUUAACUUGACUAAAUCAGUCAAAUCAGUUAGUCAGUAGUAAUCCAUCUUCGCAAAUACGAACGAUCUUUGGUAUUACGUACCUGAAACACGUGUUAUAAACAAUGUUUACCGGAAGAGAGCCCAUGGAUUCGUUUCGGAAAUAACGCCUAGUUCGAGGAAAUAUCUGAAAUAUGGCGAUGGACAAAUCGUGUUUAACGGUAGUUGGAAGUUGUAUUUUCUGUUUGAUAGCCAACGGUCAAGACAAAGAAACGGAAAUCAUUAAAAAGUUAAACGGAUGGCUAAUAUGGGGAAAGCUGUGCUGCAUGACCAAGGGAUCACUGAUAUGCAGAACAUAAGGAAGAGAGUCUACUGAAGCGUCUAAAGGAUAAAGCUCCACCAGACAAUAAGUUAGAAAGCUGUAUUUUGUCACUGUGAUCCAGCAGCUCCCAAACUGGACUUUUGGAUUAUUGCAGCAGAAGAGUAAACAUCUCGGACGAGUCUUCGAACCAAAACAACCACAAUGAGAGGAUGCUUUUGAAAGGACACUCAAAUUGUGCAAGAGUGGUGUUUAUCAAAAAGGGAUGCUUUAGCAACGACAACACUACAGACAGAAAUCUGAAAACAAGACAACAGUGGAAGUUAGUCAAUGAGAUAAUGAAGCAGAUAAAUGAUUUAGUAAAGAAAGAGAAAGAUUAUAUACUUUCACACCAUAUAUCCAGAGUGGACUUAGAAACAGUUUUAUGUAUUGUAGGCUUUUAUGCAUAUGAAUGUGUCUACAAAAAUAUAAAAUAAGGUCAAAUAUGAAAUGAAAUCUAAAAUAUCAGAUAUUUACAUAUUUCUAUACAUUUAUAUAUUUCCAGGGAAAUGUAUGUCCGUGUGUCCGUUACAGGACAGAGCUCAAUAGUUUGAUGGCGACAGGCAGGAAUGAUUUCCUGUGUUGCUCUGUGGUGCAUCAUGGGAGUAAGAGUCUCUUACUGAACGAGCUCUUGUAGCUGAUCAGCACAUUGUAAAGAAGGUGAGAGGGAAAGUCCAGUAUAGUCCUUAUUUUGGACAACAUCCUCCUCCCAGACACCACUGUCAGAGAGUCCAGUUCCUCCCCCACAACAUGUCCUGCAGAUGUGGAAGGGCCUCAGUGGCCUCAGAAAAUAGAGGCGGCUUUGGCAGCACGGUGUCCACGUUCUAGUACCAGUCCAGUUUGUGAUCCAAGUACACCCCUAAGAACUUGUACUCCUCCACCACCUCCUUAUGGUCAGACAUAUAUUAUUUCUGAUAUAAAACAAUGGACUGAUUCCAUUGAUAUUUCUUGGAAUAAUUAAAUUAUCUUUGUACAUGUACUUUGUACAUUUUGUGUGUUUAUGUCCAUAAAAUAUUCUGAUAUGAUGAUGAUAUAUGAUAUGAUGUGUGUAUUGUCUAAUCUGUAGGCCUAUAGUGUGUGUGUGUAAGUAAGUUUAAAGGAGUGUUAAAGAACUUAAAUAAUACACUCAUUGGCUUUCCUCUCAAAAGUUAGGUGAUGAAAGAAAAACAUGCCAGAAACCCUAAAGCCUACUAAUUAACACAAAGUGUCUUAUCUCAAAAGCCUAAGCAUAAAACUCUAAUUGCAGACUUGUUUCAGUUUGUACAUUUUGGAGUAUGGAAGCAAUUAAAGUUCAUUAAUGUUUAUGAUAAUGAU